UUCCAUAGUUUUCAACGAAUAGACUAUACAUGUUUUCAACGAUUAGAUCGCCCUCUUUUAUCGAUACAAUAUUUACAACUUAAAAAAUAACUUUUUUAAUUCAUUCUUAUUAUCUUCUUUUUUAGUUCUGAAUUUUUGUAUCAAUCAUAUUUUAUUUAUGCAAUUCAAGUGAAAAACAAAGUCAACGACAGUAUUUACUUUAUCAACUUUCAAUGACAGUUUUAGAAUAUAAACAAAUGGAUACGAAUAAUGCAAAAACAAAUGAAAAUGAAACGUCUUCAGAAAGUUUGCCAACUAAAAUUCAAUUUAAAAAGAAAAAAAGAAACAUUCCGCUAAGAAAUCGUAUUACGAACUCUGAUGAAAGUGACGAUGAAGAAAAAGACUCAUCAGUAUGGAGUAAAGUGGAAGAAGCCAAAGAAAUACAGAAACUUCGAGAACGACCAAACGGAGUCCAUGUCAUUGGCCUUGCUCUUGGUGAAAAAAUUGCACCAGAAAUAAUAGCAACUACUACUGAUCCAUUUAAUAUUAAAACCGGAGGAAUGGUUAAUAUGACAGCAUUGAAAAAUGCUAAAGUAAAACAAGAUGAUGCUUAUGAUACUGGAAUUGGAACUCAAUUUAACGCAGAAACCAAUAAACGUGACGAAGAUGAAGAAAUGGUGAAAUACAUAGAAGAAGAAUUGUUGAAGAGAAAAAAAAAUAAAAACAAUGAACAUGCGAAUAAUCAAUCUGAUAAUGAUAAAAAAGUUUACUAUUCACCGGAAGAAGCAGCUCUACAAGCUGUUCCUGAACACUUAAGACAAAGCUCAACUCAUAAAAGUGAAGAGAUGCUUUCUAAUCAAAUGCUUUCUGGCAUUCCAGAAGUUGAUUUAGGAAUAGAAGCUAAAAUAAAAAAUAUCGAAGCAACAGAGGAAGCUAAAUUAAAAUUACUUUGGGAAAAGCAUCGAAAGAAAGAUGGACCUUCACCAUUUGUUCCUACAAACAUGGCAGUAAAUUUUGUACAACAUAAUCGAUUUAAUAUUGACGAAGAUAUGCAGAAAAAACAAGAAUCAAGUAACACAAAAAAAUUAGAUAAUUUUAAAGAAGAUUACAAAGGGAAACGUAAUAAAGAUGCUGCAGAAAAAGCUACUGAUGAUUAUCAUUAUGAGAGGUUUAAAAAACAAUUCAGGAGAUUUUAAUUAAUCAAAUUGUAAUAUAAACUGUCAAUUGUAAUAAAUUAAAUAUAUAUUUAUGGUAUUAUAACAACCAAA